UGCGGCUUCGCCUGCGCCGGGCGCGGAGCAGCGGCGGGGAGCGCGGGCGGAGCCCCCCCCGCAGCCCCCCGCCGCCCCCCGGCCGCCACCAUGGUGCAGAAAUCCCGCAACGGAGGCGUUUACCCGGGGCCCGCCGCUGAGAAGAAGCUCAAGGUGGGCUUCGUGGGGCUGGACCCCGGCGCUCCGGACUCCAGCCGGGACGGAGCGCUGCUCAUCGCCGGUUCCGAGAGCAGCAAGCGGGGCAGCAUCCUCAGCAAGCCCCGCUCCGGGGUGUCGGGCAGCGGGAAGCCCCCGAAAAGGAAUGCUUUUUACCGCAAGCUGCAAAAUUUCCUCUACAAUGUGCUGGAGAGACCGCGGGGCUGGGCAUUCAUUUACCACGCAUACGUUUUUCUACUAGUUUUCUCCUGCCUGGUGCUGUCAGUCUUUUCGACCAUUGAUGAGUACCAGAACAGCUCAGAAGGGGCCCUUUACAUCCUGGAAAUAGUCACCAUCGUGGUGUUUGGGGUGGAAUACUUUGUGAGGAUCUGGGCUGCCGGCUGCUGCUGCCGAUACCGGGGCUGGAGGGGGAGGUUAAAGUUUGCCCGCAAGCCUUUCUGUGUCAUCGACAUCAUGGUGCUGAUCGCGUCCAUCGCCGUGCUGGCGGCAGGGUCCCAAGGGAACGUCUUUGCCACCUCAGCACUCAGGAGUUUGAGGUUCCUGCAGAUCCUGCGCAUGAUCCGCAUGGACCGGCGGGGCGGCACAUGGAAGCUCCUGGGCUCUGUGGUCUACGCACACAGCAAGGAGCUGAUUACUGCCUGGUAUAUUGGCUUCCUGUGCCUCAUUCUGGCCUCUUUCCUGGUAUAUUUGGCCGAGAAAGGAGAAAAUGAGCACUUUGAUACAUACGCAGAUGCACUCUGGUGGGGUCUGAUUACUCUCACCACCAUCGGCUAUGGGGACAAGUACCCGCAGACCUGGAACGGGCGGCUGCUGGCGGCUACGUUCACCCUCAUCGGCGUCUCCUUCUUUGCCCUUCCUGCUGGCAUCUUGGGUUCAGGGUUUGCUCUGAAGGUUCAAGAGCAGCAUCGACAAAAACACUUUGAGAAGAGGCGAAACCCAGCAGCAGGCCUGAUUCAGGCGGCUUGGAGAUUUUACGCCACUAACCUGUCCCGGACGGACCUGCACUCCACUUGGCAGUACUACGAACGCACCGUCACCGUCCCCAUGUACAGCACGCAAACGCAAACGUACGGUGCCUCCAGACUAAUCCCUCCUCUGAACCAGCUGGAGCUCCUGAGGAACCUGAAGAGCAAAUCGGGACUGACAUUCAGGAAAGAGCAGCAGCCUGAACCAUCGCCAAGUCAGAAGGUCAGUUUGAAAGAUCGUGUCUUCUCCAGUCCCCGCGGUGCUGGCACCAAAGGGAAAGGCUCUCCACAGGCUCAGGGCAUCAGGAGGUCCCCCAGCGCUGACCAGAGCAUCGAGGACAGCCCAAGCAAAGUGCCCAAGAGCUGGAGCUUCGGAGACCGCAGCCGAGCCCGGCAAGCUUUCCGCAUCAAGGGAGCGGCGUCACGGCAGAACUCGGAAGCAAGCCUCCCUGGAGAAGACAUUCCUGAUGAGAACAAAAGCUGCAACUGCGAGUUUGUGACGGAAGAUUUGACACCAGGGCUGAAAGUCAGCAUCAGGGCAGUGUGCAUUAUGAGAUUUCUGGUCUCCAAGCGCAAGUUUAAGGAGAGCCUUCGGCCCUACGACGUGAUGGAUGUCAUCGAGCAGUACUCAGCUGGUCACCUGGACAUGCUCUCCCGGAUUAAAAACCUUCAGGCCAGGAUAGAUAUGAUUGUGGGUCCCCCACCCCCUUCAACUCCCCGGCAUAAGAAGUAUCCAACCAAAGGACCCAUGUAUUCUUCCAAAGAAUCUCCCCAAUACUCGCCUAGAGUUGACCAGAUCGUUGGGAGAGGAUCCUCCAUGACCGACAAGGAUCGGACCAAAGGGCCAGCGGAGGGGGAGCUGCCUGAAGACCCCAGCAUGAUGGGCAGGCUUGGGAAAGUGGAAAAACAGGUUCAGUCAAUGGAGAAGAAGCUGGACUUCCUGGUGAACAUUUACAUGCAGCGGAUGGGCAUCCCACCGACGGAGACAGAGGCUUAUUUUGGGUCCAAAGAACCAGACCCAGCACCUCCCUACCACAGCCCCGAAGGCAGCAGGGAGCACAUUGACAAGAACGGCUGCAUCAUCAAGAUCAUCAGGUCCACCAGCUCCAUGGGUCAGAAGAACUUCUCUGCCCCGCCAGCCCCGACCAACACAUGCCCACCUUCGACAUCAUGCCAGCGGCAGAGCCACGGCUCCUCGCCCGUCGGAGACCCCGGCUCGCUGGUCCGCAUCCCACCUCCGCCUUCCCACGAGCGUUCCUUGUCAGCAUACAGCAGCGGGCACAGGGCGAGCGCGGAGUACCUGAGGAACGAAGACAUUACAACCAAACACCACGAGAGUGCCAUGAGAGACAGCGACACGUCCAUCUCCAUCCCCUCGGUAGACCACGAGGAACUGGAGCGCUCUUUCAGCGGCUUUAGCAUCUCCCAGUCCAAAGAGAAUUUGGACAUCCUUAACAACGGUUGCUAUGCAGCCGUGGCCAAAAUCAGACCCUACAUUGCAGAAGGGGAGUCAGACACCGAUUCUGACCUCUGCACGCCCUGCGGUCCUCCCCCCAGGUCGGCCACGGGUGAAGGACCCUUCAGUGACAUGGGCUGGUCAGCCUCCAGGCAGUGAAGCCUUCUUGCAGCCACCGAGCCACAUCUGUGCGCUGGCAGCUGCCCAUGCAUCGAACUUCUCAAGGAGAUCGACAGCUAAGGUUUUCCUCCUUCUAGGACAUCCUUAGCUGGCAGAUACUUUCUUACUCUGGGGUGGGCGAAUGAGCAGGUCUGAGCCUGCAUUUGUGGAAGAGGUCACGGCGGUGAGCAAACUGGAGCCGUGAAGUCCAGAUUUCUUUCAUACUCUCUUUCUAAGAUCGUUGGGUGAAAUUAUUUCAUGAUGCAGGGUAGGCAACUUGCAUUUCUUGGGAACCUUCAGAAGCGCAGGGCAGGAAUAAACCACCCGGCCAGGGCUUUUGGAGGUCAUGGUUACAAGUGUUAGGUGGGAAUUGCCACAUCAUGGCACUGGUGAUUCCACCUUGUAGGUAUUUUGGAGUUGCGGAAUGAACACGUGUCUGUUCCUGGCUUAGAUUUCAGGUCAUGUGUAAUUACUGAGGAGUUGUUAUUCUAUGGUUCCUCAUUAACUGUCAGGUAGGUGGCAUAAUUCCAAUAUAAUACAUGGAAGUGUUGUGUAGGCCCCUGGAGGAGAGGGAUGGUGGCUGGAAUAUUUGCAUGAGCAGACAACGUGGCCUUAAAGUGGGAUAGGUUAGGAUACUGCUCUGAACCAGAACGGUUUGGAAAUUAUCCCAUCUUAGGAAACUGAAAGAAGAGAGGCAACCCAGAGGGCAAAGAAAUGAGGGAGAGGAGGAGCAGAGACUAUGGGCUGGAAUUUUAUGUUUUAACCAUGUAUUAUAUUUAAUUAUCUCUCCUCCCAUUGACAACGGACCUGGAGGUGCUUUGGAAGCAAAGGGAAACCAAUGGCAACCCCUCUGCAGGGCUGCCAUGGUGUGAAGCCAUUCUCAUGCCCAGCAGCGCUGUUGUGGAGGCACCACAGCCACCAGGCCAGCGGGACAGGGUGGAUAUGCAAGACAUGGUGGUCCUCGCGUUGCUGUGAGUUAAGUGCUGAGCUCCAUCCUUUUGAAGUCCUGUUGGUCAGAGUGGGCACUUUUCUUACAGUUUGCAUUGUGCCUGAACACUUUUGCACACACUAUGCCCCGUGAAAAUCUUCCCUUUCUUCUUCUGCCCUGCCAAGAAUCCCACACCCAUGUUCUCGGGACAUCCUUUGGUUUUGUUUGGACCCCUCAAGCUGAGUUAAGAGGUGCUUCUUGGUUUCUUCAUGGUUUUUCAGAAGCCUCUUACCUGUGCUUGCCCACAAAUUGUGCCAAUCCAAGGCUGCCCCGUUUCAUUGUGGUUAAAGUAGUUUCUCUUGGAAAGGUCAUUGUGCCAUUACAGAGAACCUCAGCAGUGCAUUCAGCUGGGGGAAGGUGAGGGGAAAAGUGAUGCUCAGAGUUUCUUUUGGGACCAAAAUGAAGUCACUUUACAUGGAUAUGUUGGUAGGGGGGUUUUUUGCAAGGGGGUGGCUCAGGAAAAGUUGUGUUUGGGAUCCAUCUCUAGGGCUGGGACACCAUGGCUGGCAUUUUGCCUCUAACCUUCCCGUGCAUCUACAGCCCAGAUCCUGUGUGGGUUUUCUGCUGGCACCAUGUCUGUGGUUUCAAACCCCCAUUUUCCCUGUGUUAUAUCAAGAGCCUGUUAAGGAUAUUUACGUGGCAACUUCAUUUCUAUGUAGCCUUUGAGAGGUUGAACAUUGGCUUGCUUUGGGUGAAGGGAGAAUCACAGCCUUUUUGUCUCCUGUUUGCUUGUCUAGAGGCAGCGACCAGGGGAGACCCAGGACUGUUGGGGCCUUAGGGAAGAUGUAGGUGCAGACAGGAACUAAACCCAUCCUUUUGCUAGUGCUCAGGACCAACACACAGGUCUUCACAUGCGAUUGAGGUGUGGGGAAAGGCUCUGCACAGGUUUUGCUGCCAUUUUUCACCAUUCAGGAGGGGAGAACAUUUUUCUCAGAGGGAACCGAGGCUUCCAGCCAUGCUCAUUCCUUUCUUUCCCAUUUGAUCCAUUUGUUACCUCCUGCAAUUUUUCCCUCUCUGCUUGUGCUCCCAAACUCCUUUUGGCUCCGGAUUUCUUUGUGCAAAGUGAACCCAGUGAUGCCCUUGACUUCCAUACAGGGAAAUCUUUGAGUGCAAAAAGGCUGCAAAUUGUGCAGUUUUGCCCCUGGCAUGUUGCUAAAUGAGAUGUCUUUUGGUAGAGCAAGAAAUGUCAGCAGGUCCCCAGUCAGACUUGGUGGCAUGGUUUUUGUAGUGGCCACAGAAUGGAAAUUGUGUCGGGUGAGGUAAAAGUCAACAUUGCUCCAACCAGCUGCUCCCUGCAAAUCUCGUCCAAGUCAGAGAUAACACAGAUUUAUUACCUUAUUUGUUUGCAAUUGCUGUUGGAGGACUGCUGGAAAUGUAGCACAGGGUAUGAUAUAAAGGCAGAACGUCAGGUGAGGAUGAGGUCAUGCAGUAUUAAAGAUGAGAUCUUUACUAUAGGAGGCAAAGUCAACAGGACUUUGAGGCACAAUUGCUGUGGGAUGUAAUUUUCCUCUUGUCCUGAUUUUGAAGCCCCAUUGGCUCUAUUUUGAAUAUCCAUUUCUUACUGUAAAAUCCCUUUCUCCUUUCCAGAUGUUAGACCCUUGAGAGCAGCAACUGACAGUGUGUCCUCUGAGUUUUCUACAGGCUGAAAUCCCAGCAGUCUUAUCUCCUUUAGGGACUGCAUGGGAAGAAUGGUGUUUUCCCUCUUCAAAUUAAUACACCAGAGUUUAUAAAGAUCUUUUGACUUGUAGCUUUAAAAGGAUUUCUCCCGCGAUCACUGAUCACAGAAAACUAGUUUUAUAUAAGGGCAGCACAGAUUGUGUCUUGCUGCUGCAAAUUCUGCAUAGAAUUUUUUUGCAAGGUGUAAGAAAUAUCUCACCUUUUCUGUGUCAUCAUUUCAAAGAACUUCUGACACACGCCUCCAUCCACAGUCAUGUCAUAAAUCAUUACUUCUCAUUCAGCCAGGGAAAAAGACCUGAAUUCUUGGGUUAACCUACACCAGAAUUAACUCUAAAUCAUGCACCUUAUUUCUAUGAAAUGAUUUAUGCCUGCAUAAACUAGAACAGAGCCUGCUCAUUGCUUAUUGACAUAAAUAAUUCCAUUCCUGCCCUAAAUCAUAGCCAAAUACUCCCUGCAAAGUCUUCACUCUCAGUCAUUUAGUUCUCCCAUGCCUGUAUCACACACUCCUCGUGGUGAUCUCCCACAAGAAGUCUUAACCAUUAGAUUAAAGGAAAAUAAGUCAGUUCUGUUUUGCUAAUAGGGCAGUCCCAACGAUAAAGACCUUUUAAAGGAUGGACAGGCAAAAUUUGUCCCUCUGCUGAGCCUCUCUCAGGCUGGUCUUUGCUCCCUUGUUCCUCCCAAGUUUGUUCCUGUAGUUUUUGGAGGACAGAAACAAGUUUUAGUCAAUGCCAGGUGUAGAAAGGGGAGACCAAAGGGAGUUGAAGAAAGGAGUUAAAGCCAAAUUUCCAGCAGGCCAACUUGGGCUGCUCCAGGGAUGCCCAUGCCCGUGCAUGGUUAUGUGCACAGAGCCUGGUUUUGAGGUGCGUCUGUGCUGGAUGUGAAGCCAUGGCCUUGGAGCAGUGCCUGGGAUCUGGCCUCCAAGAAACCUUUGGGCUUAUGUUUUUCAGAAUCUGGGUCUAGGUGUGGAGAGAAAUACUGCAAAUGCCCCCAGUUGCGGGAUGGAGCAUCCCUGAGGCUGGGACCUGAAGCCACAGUUAGGUAUCGGGUGCUUCAGGUCCAAGCAUGGGUUCAAGUUUUCUGAGGAGUUCAUGUCUCCAAAUAGGAGAUGCUGCAGUCUGUGUGCAGGUGACCUUUCAUAUGUGACCCCAAGACAUAGGAGCAGAGCACUAGCCAUAACUCAAUUUCCCAAUAUUUGGGAAGGGACUUUAAUGUUACUGAAGUGCAGAUUUUGUAUGUGAAUUUCCUUGUUGGCUCAUUUUCUAAUUAAUAACUUUUAAAACACAAAUGCCAAGGAACUCACUGGAAACAAACCUCUUGUCCAGCUCUGAAAGCCGUUCUGUUUCUUUAGACAGACUAUGGGAUACAUGAGGUAGAUCAAAUGCUGCUUACUAGAUCCAAAUAAAUUCUGCAGGGUCAUUGCUAUUUACAGGUAAAUGGGUAUAUUUUUACUUUUUUAAUUGAUUUUUAAGAUUUUAAAUUAUAUGAGUUUUUAGAACAAGUUUGUAUAAUGUACCUGAGAAGCCAGAGCAUCGCCUCAGAUGCAAACGCUCCCCUUCCUAACCCAAAAGAAAAGAAAACCACAUUCACUCAUUUUCUCUCAAGAGGGAGCUGCUGCAAAGCUCAUUUCCCUCAGAUCACUAUGGUCACAGCAGCAUUAGUGCUAAAAACAAAAUGUAUUAGAAAAGAAACUGAAAUUCCUAAGGAACUUGCCAAAGAGUUGUCCCAUAUAAAGACCCUUAACAGUGAGUAUGCUAUUGAGAAUGUUAAAAAGCCCAGGAGCAGGCUAAGGAUUUCUGUUUCUCCAUCCAUGCUUGUGUGAACCCUCAUGUUGAGCCUUCAUCCCUUUCUUCCCAGCACGCCCAUGGUCCUCCAACCCGUGCCUGCAUGCCCAUGGUCCUCCAACCCGCGCCUGCACGCCUGCAUCCUCUCAUCCACUCUCCGUCAUGGGUGAGCAUCUUCUGUUUCCAUCAGCUUCCUUCUCAUGAACCAGAAACAAGGAAAUCAGAUACAAAAGCUCCUUCCCCUGCAGGUAACAUUGAGGCUGGGAUGAGGAGGGCUGUGGCAUGGGGGUGAGGGCAGCAUCCCCCUCUCAGCCCUGUGUGGGUCACUGCUGCUCAGCGGUGGAAAAGCUUUUAGCACACAAACACCGCAACUUCUCUGCGUCACACAGCAAAACGUGCUUAGAGCACGGGUGUGGGAUUGUUGGGUUUUUAACGUUAACAAUAGGGGUUUUUUAAAAUAAUAAGGAUAAUAAUAAUGCAUAGGAAUCUUCUUUAGUAUAUCUUAGUGUUUGAUGCCCCAGUGACACAAUACUGCUUGCCUUAUAUUGCUUGUCUAGAGGGAGAGGGAUUACACACGUUUUGAUACAGUAUUAUUCACGCUUCUGAUUUAGGUAGCAUCAAGGAGCGGCUGCUGCAGAGUGAGCAGCCGGGUCCUUUUUACCAUAUGAAUGUGCUUUCUGGACUCUCUCACUGACUGUACUCUCAAUUUUGCCUGCUACUGCAUGCAGCCUGAGAUGAGUAGACAGCAGUAUGCUCCAGCUGUAUCUGCACUCCCAGAUUGCUGUAGUACCUGAUGAGGUAACGUUGCUAAGAGCAUCAUUUUUGGGAGAGCCCGUCCUCCCAUUAACCCAUCAUGCAGGGUGCUGCGGUGCUUCUGUAGGUAACACUGAUAUACCAAGUGUCUUUCAUGCUGCCACUGAUCAUUGCCCCAUCCCUCUGAUACAGCAUGCACAAACUCCACUUCUACUGCUUGUAACUAAAGGGGUAAAAGCAACUAUGUUUGUAUCUGUGGGCCCUCGAAGUAUGUGGGGAGGAAGAAAUACGGAUUGUGUUGGCUGUUUAUAACAACCUCCUUUACAUCCAGAUGCCUCUGAAGAAGAGCAUCCCAGGUACCCCGUUCUGAGGGUUUGGAAGAGCAGGCAGUGCCAAAGAUGGAUGCCUAGUCUUUGUUUGGAGAUCCCAUUUGAAUCCCCAUCUGUGGGACUUGCCAUACGUCUGAUUUAAUUCUCAUGGGGUUCUCUUGCCUGCAUCCAGCUCUGGUGUGCAUGUGCAUUCAUGCCUGCAGCCCAUCCCGAGGGGCAGGGGGGAAUAUGAUUCCCAGACUUUGGAAACCCUUCCUUGGAUAUAUCACCCACCCAUGUCUACAGCCGUUGGGGGUCUCAGGGACCCUGCAGCUGUGCCAUAGCCAUUCCUUGUGGAAGCAUCUCUUGGUCUUCUUACGGAGAGGCUCUGAGCUACCUUCAAAUGUCCAUAAAUGUUCUGCCACAGUUCUCCCUGCCGUAACACCAGACUGUCAUGAAGCUUGCAGGGUUUGCCCAUCGUGCUGGUGUUUGCAGUCUCUUGUAUCUCUUUGUGCUGCUGCCAUAAUCUAGUUUGACACUGGUUCCAUAUCCUCACCUUCUUUGUCCAGACUAUAUGCAAGUGAAGAUGUAAUGCCAGAACUCUACUCUGAGACUUGCUUUUGGCCUGGCAUCACUAGAUACACCAGAGAGCCUUCAUGUUUUGUUAGCAUGGCAGUUUUGCUUUUUAUUGGCAGGUUUUUGCUUCCUUAUUGAGCCACCGUGGCCUCAGCAUCCCUGAUUUGUUCCACUGGAGCCUUUCAGCGCAGGGCUGGAGUCUAUUUACAGCGCCCUGGAAGGGUUUGUCCCCUUGGCUUUAGCUGAUUGUGAUGAAACAGGGAUGAGGGUUCAGUUCAGGUUUUCUUCUCAAGCUGAACAUCUCAGAGAAGAGCUCACAGUCUCUAACAGUGUUGAUGCUUUUGCUCCCUGCAGCAAGAGCUGCUUUCAAGACCCCAGUCCCCCUCAGCAGCCCACGCUGUGGACUUUGCAUUCCAGGCUCCAGUUUGCUAAUGGGUAGAAAUGGAAAGCAGCAGGUCCAAGCUGUGCCAUUUCCAAAGCUGCCAGUGAACCUGGAAGCAUCUUUCCCUCUCCUAAUUCCUGUAAAUACAACCGCAGAUGAAUUGUUCAAGCAGCAUCUGUUUGCCUAGUUCUGAGAAACUUGAGCUAACUGCAAAGCUUUCCAAAACUCCGUGCCAAGCUCAGGCUACAUUUCACCUGCAGCUACGCCUAUAAUUUUAGGGCAGGGUUCAUGGUUUCAGGCAGAAGCCAUGCCAAAAUCGCCAGUUUGGAUGGUUCUGGCCCAAAACCAAGGCUGAAUGUCACGCUGCCAGUGAAGCGCCUCCCCUGGAAUUUCAGCUCCAUUUGACAUGAAUGGCUGUGGAUCUGGGGAGAUGCUGUCUCCUUCCUAUUCCACACAAGAAAAGGUCAGCACAAGCCUUGCAAGCCAAGAUGAGAAAAUGCCUCCUUAUUUUAGCAUGCCAUGGGCAUUAGCAGCAUUUCAUGGUAAUCCCUUAAACCUGACCAACACAGUGGCCAUGCCCCAGUGUUUCGCAGUGAUGCUUGUGAAAGGGAUUUAUUACAGAUGUGGAUAUAGAGGGGAUCAGUCCUUUAUCAUCUCUGCAGACACCAUGUUGCUGAUGACCUGAGGAGAAGUCAUCAAAGCUGGUGACAGGCCUUUUCUGUCCUGCCUAGUCAUGAUCCAGCAUCUUUCAUGGGGCUGAAGAUAUCCCAUGCUCCUGUCAACAGGCAGGAUGGGGACUUUUCUGUGCUGGUUACUCUUUCCCACAACUCAAACCCUAACCCUAAAAUUUGAUAUUUCUUCACUUUUUCACACAAAAAAAAUCACACACAGAGACUGAGACUUUCAGAAACACUGAGGUAAAACAAGGUAUAGCUGAUUAAUGACAGAGAUGUUGUGAUUUUAAAUCAAGAGCAGACUUUAAACCUAGUUGCAGUUGCUGUGUGGUAUAUCAAAUGCUUUAGGAGAUUCAGUAAAUGAUUCUUAUAACUGUUUUAUUCUUUUCUCAGUAAUUCGUAUAGGUGGGUGCCACUGUUCUUAUACAGCAAUGCUCCACACACUAAAAGUAUAUUCCUAUUUCUCCAGUAUUAUAGACAUUGUAUUUAUGAGAUUUAUCUUGCUUGGUGUCACUUCGACACACUAUCCACGUGUACUGCACACAGAUUGCACAUUACAUGCCAAAUGCUGAUAGGUAUCACUACAUGUAAUAAGCAUUAUGUGCUUUGAACAGACACCUGCCUAGUUUGUGAUGUGACUCGAAUGACUAGAAAAAGCGAAAAAUGAGGAUCCUGUUUUGGUAAGGAAUACACUGCAUUUGGAUGCUUCUUUAAACAGAUUUUACUAGGAAGCUAAAAUAAGUAAGAUUGCCUCUGCAAUGUUACUUAAAAAAAUACCUGAACAAAGCAAACACAGCCAAAAAAACACUUAACAACUACUGUAUUUCUAUAUAUUCUUCAUUGCUAUUCAUCUGAACUGUAAAUUCUGUACAGGUUGAAUGAAGUUCACAGUUUAUCUUUGUCAUAACCUGCAAGAUGAAAGGACAACACAACUUUGGCUGCAAAAGUGUGGGCACAUUGUUUGCAUACAUGCAUAUUGCUGUACAUGCCUGUGCAUACAAACGUGCACACACAGAUAAAGCUUUAAAACAGGUAAAGCUGCAUCUGAGAUGCACAGGGAGGGGAAAAGUUCUGUUUUGGGGGGUAGGGGAAUGGGUAAAUCAAACCAAAAGACUAUUUUAAUAAUGUAUUUCUAUCAAAAAUGAAGAUUUGCAAAGGGGAUUGGUGUGUAAUCACCAUCCCGAGGAGAAAUCCCACUUCUGAAGGCAGCACAGGCCAUGCAUCAGUGAUGCAGUUGCUUUAAAUGAUAAUUUAUUUGGCUUCCUUUCAAACAAAUGAAAGAAUAUAGUGGCCAGUGCCAAAAAGCCCAUUCCCAGGACAUGUGGCCAAGCAGUUGUCCUACGCCAUCGGAGAGCCAAGGGCAAAAGGCCCUGUGGCUCCUCCUCUUACUUUUGCCUACAUCGUUAAAAAGCCCCUAGUUAAGAGAUAUUUCAGAAAAGAGUCAUCAAAAGCCCAUUUUUGAUCUUAGAGUUAUGAAAGAAAUAACAAAGUUAUAAUCAAUAAAUCUCAUUUUCCAAGCAGGACAGCCCACAGACUCCGACUGCCCCUAUACAGAGAUUUCACCAACCUCAUCAAAUGAAAUCAUCCUCUAGGAUGUAAUUUUGCCCAUAUUUUCGCAGAUACAAGAUCUCUAUUGGGCAGAACAUAUCCUUCAGUGUUUGAUCUAAUAAAGUCAUGAAGAACUAGUUUUUCCAGUUACAUACUGCUGGAUGCCAUUGAAAAAAGAGUAAUCAGAUUUUUGCAUUGGCCUGAAAUUCAUCUCUAGGUCCAAAGUUAUCAGCUGGAAGAGCCACUUCAGCUCUAUGUUUCUAAGCAAAGGGUACAUCCAUUGGUGGAGUAUGUUGCCGUUUCCCUGAGAUACCAUGGAGCUGUCAUGGUUUAUAACAGCAUCUGGCUCAUUUGGGCUGAACUAGGCUAAAGAUGGCUCAUGGGUUUGUCCUGAUGGUGAGCUGAGAGGUGAAUCUCACUCCAGGACAGGCUGUUAAUCCUUGGUGUGAGUGCAGGUUCUUCACCCCUCGCUUCCUGCUUGGAAAAACCCAGGGGUCGGCUGAGCAUGGAAGUUUGGUUGUCCUUUAGAAAGCAAAGACAGCUGCUGCUUUGCUUCCUUUCAUUUGCUCUGUUGCCUUGGCUUUUUUGCACUUUCGUUUCAUCUCCAAAGAAUCUCUCAUAAUGCCUUUGGUACUUCUGUACAAUUUUAAAACGUUUUGUAUGUAUUGAAUGGAAGACACUUGUAAAAUAGCAAUUGGACUUCUUUUUCUUCUUCUUUUUCCUUUUUUUGGUGAAUGUGUAAUUUCCUCUGUACAUUUCAAUCACGACUUUGUGCAAUGUACAUUUGAUCGGGACAGAUGCCAAGGGAAUGACCUGUAGUUUGCCAAGGGAAUAGCUAGAAGCUUUACGACACAGUCACACGUGGUUUUACACUAGCAAUGUAGCCCAGACUUUUACACUGAAGAGUUGAGCAUGAUACAGCGUGUACCUUCACAUGGAUGACUGUGGCAGCUGCAAAACUGUCUAUGUGUGAUAUUCCAAACAACAGCGACGGUUGCAAGCGGAAGGGAAAUGGAGGAGAAUUAAAUAAUCACAAGCAUUAAUUUAAGCCUCAAAGCAUCAGAAUGGAAAAUUUGCAUUCAGUAAAAAUACCAGAGAUUUAACCUUCAUGAGAUGAAAUACACAUUUAUUUUUCUUUGCA